UUUUGAAAGAAUUCCGCCUAAUUUUCCAAAACUAAUAGUGGCCAUGCCCAUAUUCCUUGACCUUUGAGAUCAGUUGUUUUCUGUUACUCUAUUGUUUACUACUCCGACAGUCCGACUUGCUAAGCUAAAGCUAUAAUCUCGAAGCAACCAUCCAAACUUGGACUUUCCCUCUCUUCCUUCCUUCUUCUCAUCAGAGGUUGUGUAGUGUUUAACCUCAAAUGGCGUCUGUUUCGUCGAUAAAUCAUGCUUGUUGUAUGAAUAUAAGUUCACAUGUUUCGUUAUCUACUCGGGAUCAUCGUACGCAAUUGUGUUUUGGAACUUUGAGAUAUAACUGUCCGGGAAGACAUAGUAAAAAGAGGAGAUUUGCUGCUUGUAGGAUUAUUUCUGAAAACUUGGACAUGGAUACCUCUGAUCCUGAUUGGAAAACCAAUUACCAGAAGGAUUUUGAGUCUAAAUUUAAUUUGCCACAUUUGAAAGAUAUUUUGGAUGUGAAGCCGAGGCCAAGUACUUUUUCCUUGAUGCAGAGGAAUCGUGCAGGUUGGGCAGGAAAUGAAACUGUCACUGACAAUGCUGCGCGACCAAAGGAUAGGAAAAAUGGUUAUGUUGACAAUGAUGAUAGGACAUUGCUAAAGGUCAUCAAAUAUGCUUCACCUACAUCUGCGGGAGCUGAGUGCAUUGAUCCUAAUUGCACAUGGGUAGAGCAAUGGGUACAUCGUGCAGGUCCACGUGAGGACAUAUACUUUGAUCCAAAGAAGGUGAAAGCAGCAAUCGUAACCUGUGGAGGGCUCUGUCCUGGUCUUAAUGAUGUCAUUAGACAGAUUUUUUUCACUCUGGAGAGAUAUGGUGUUCAAAAGGUAUUUGGUGUUAGAUAUGGCUUCCGCGGAUUUUUCGACCCUGAAUUACCUAUGAAGAAGCUUUCUCGUGAGGAUGUCCAAGACAUAAAUCUUGAAGGUGGAAGCCUUUUGGGGGUAUCCCGUGGAGGUGCGAGUAUGAGUGACAUUGCUGAUAGUAUAGAGGCAAAGGAAAUCGACAUGGUUUUCAUUCUUGGUGGCAAUGGGACACAUGCAGGAGCCAAUGCGAUACAUAAUGAGUGCCGCAAGAGAAAGUUGAAAGUAUCAGUUGUAUGUGUACCAAAAACCAUCGACAACGACAUACUUUUGAUGGAUAAAACCUUUGGAUUUGAUACGGCUGUGGAAGAAGCACAAAGAGCAAUCAAUUCUGCUUAUAUUGAGGCGCACAGUGCAUACCAUGGGAUUGGCCUCGUGAAACUGAUGGGAAGAAGUAGUGGUUUCAUCGCCAUGCAUGCAUCACUUGCAAGUGGCCAGGUUGAUGUUUGCCUUAUUCCUGAGGUCCCGUUUACUUUAAAUGGACCCAAUGGUGUCCUCUCGCACUUGGAGCAUCUUAUUCGAACAAAAGGGGCAGCAGUAAUGUGUGUGGCUGAAGGUGCAGGACAAGAACUAUUGGCUGCAUCAGAUCUGAAAGAUGCAUCUGGAAAUGCUGUUCUUGGAGAUAUUGGAGUACAUUUCAAGAGUCAGAUAAAAAGUUAUUUCAAGGAAAAAGGAAUUCAUGCUGAUAUCAAAUACAUUGAUCCCACCUACAUGGUCCGAUCAGUACGUGCAAAUGCUUCUGAUGCCAUAUUGUGCACUGUUCUUGGCCAAAACGCUGUUCAUGGUGCCUUUGCAGGAUUUAGCGGCAUUACAAUGGGAAUUUGUAAUACUCAUUAUGUGUACCUGCCAAUUACAGAAGUGAUACAUGCUCCUAGAACUGUCAAUCCUAAUAGUCGAAUGUGGCAUAGAUGUCUCACCUCGACAGGCCAACCUGACUUCUCACCUAGCAGUCAUUGAUCUAUCUGUCAUUUGUCGGUAAAAUUAUUUUUAGUUUGCCCGAAAUUAAUUGUCACAUUGUCCUUAUCAUUGUUACACAUUCAUCAUAAUUUCAUUGAAAUAUUAUCUAGAAUAAUCUUCUUCUGUUU